CUAACCGAUUUGCUCCCGCCUUCGCCUAUGGCCCUUGCCCAUAAUAAAAGCUCUUACGUCCAUUCUCCCAGCGGACUUGGAUCACCCGCGACGACAAGCGAAAAGAGCUCCAUCAGUCUUGGCUCCCUUCCUGCAGCGAAUGCUUCCAGCGUUUCCCUUACACUUACACGGAGCCAUUCUCCCUCAGGGCUUUCUAACCUAUCUCACUCUGGUCCAUCAGCACAAUUAUCAACUGUCGGGCCUCAAGUAUUGCCGCUGGAUCUCUGUAAUAUCAUGAGUCACGAUGCCACGAAUGUGCAGCUGGUACGGUCCGUCAAUGAUUUAACAAAAUGGCUGUCUGUAAUCGAAGUUGGUUUUGCAAUGAUGCUCGAACAAGCUGCAGGGGACUCUAUAGCAGAAGAGCAGGAAGAAGGUGCUAUUGAAAGAGAUCCCUUUACGGAAGACGCGGACGCGUGGAAAUGGGAUUCUGUAACUGAUAUCGUCCUGGAGUCGAGCUAG